AUGCCUGAAGACUGUCUUCUACCCAACGGCUGCUGGGAAGGUAUAGUUCAAAAAGAUAUUGUCCAAGUUCUCCCAGAGAGUGGGGAGACCCCCCUGUUCAAACAGUUCUUUAAGAACUGGCGGGAUAAGGACCAGACCGAAGGAAUGGGUAUCGCCUACAUCCCCAAUCACAUCGCCAAAAUCGAGAACGUGCCCUUUGAUGUCAGCACCCUCCACGAUUCCUCCGCCAUGGCGGCGCAGCACGGUAUGGUGGACAACGGAACGGGCAAAAAACAGAUCUGGAGGAUUGAGUCUUCCGAGAAGGUGCCGGUGGAUGAAUCCCUCUAUGGGCAGUUCUAUGGCGGAGACAGUUAUAUUAUUCUGUACCAUUACAGCCACGGUGGGAAGCAGGGACAGAUUAUCUACACCUGGCAGGGAGCUGAUUCCACUAAGGAUGAGAUAACCGCUUCCGCUUUCUUGAGCGCCCAACUCGAUGAGGAACUUGGCGGCGGCCCCGUUCAGAGCUUUGGGGGGUCCAGAUCCCAGGUGCGAGUUAUUCAGGGCAAGGAACCCGCUCACUUGUUGAGUCUGUUCGGUGGGAAGCCCUUGAUUGUCUACAAAGGAGGAACCUCAAGAGAAGGGGGUCAGACGACAGAUGCGGACAUUCGUCUGUUCCAGGUCCGCGCGUCUUCCUCUGGGUUCAGCAGAGCAAUCGAGGUUGAUGCCGCGGCGAGUAAUUUGAAUUCCAACGAUGCGUUUGUCCUGAAGACUCCCUCCUCUGCCUACCUGUGGAUCGGCCAAGGUUCCAGUGAGGCCGAGAAACGCGGAGGCCAAGAAUUAUUGAACGUUCUUGGAGCGUCUGCGUCGGAAAUAGCAGAAGGAGGAGAAACUGAUGAUUUCUGGGAGGCCCUGGGCGGAAAAGCUCCAUACCGUACCUCUUCACGGCUCAAGGACAAACUGAAUGCCCAUCCCCCGCGCCUGUUUGCCUGUUCCAACAAGACCGGCCGCUUCAUAAUCGAGGAGGUUCCAGGAGAAAUUACCCAAGAUGACCUUGCCACAGAUGACGUGAUGCUUCUGGACAUCUGGGACCAGGUCUUUGUCUGGAUUGGUAACGAUGCUCACGAGGAAGAAAAGAAGGAAGCCUUGUCCUCGGCCCACAAAUACAUCGAAAGCGACCCUGCCAAGAGAGAUAAGAGGACGCUAGUGGCGGUUAUCAAACAAGGGUUCGAGCCUCCUACUUUCACGGGCUGGUUCCUGGCCUGGGACUCGGAUUACUGGGCCGUUGACCCGCUAGAGAAGGCUUUGGCCGAACUCAACAUGUGAUUACGGAUCGUAGGCUCCUUCUCGGUCGUCCUCCCUCUUAGUGCCUUCACUGCCUGAAAGCUUCUCCGACCCGCUAGACGAGUUUCAUUAACCCCCCACCCCCCACGAGCAGUGCAAUAACCAAAAAAAGUUUUGUUCUUGUUUAUACCGUUAAUUCAAGUUGUACUUUUUGAAUAUUUAAAAGCAAUAAAGCUUGGAACAGAG